GGCCGGGAGCGCCCGUGAGGUGACGGGACGGGAGGGCAGGGAAGGGAAAGGCGGAGAAGGGAACGGAAGGGAAGGGAAGGGAAGGGAUAGGAGAGCCCGCUCCAGCGCAGCAUCCAGAACAGUGCUGUCGCCAGAGACAUGUGCAUUCUUCUUAGAGGCACGACAUCCCAAAAGUAGUGUCCCUGGACCUGUUUGAUGAGGACCUACAAUAUUUGCUUUUGAAGGAUUAAGUUUUUAUUUGGGAAAUGGUUUCUUUGUGAAUUUAUCAGUCAGAAGUGUGUUCUGCAUGAAGCAGUUCUUGGGAAUCAGCAAGUUAAUCAGAUCCAAGAAAGGAAAUGUUUGAAGUGGAAAGCCCCAAGAUAAAAGAGCAAUUGCCUGCACUGAUAAAAAGAACUUUGUAUCAAUAGCCAAAUCUCGUGCAUUCUUGUAUGUUACCACGUUAUCUGAUCAGGGAUAGCCAAAAUGAACCCUUUCUAUUUUCUGGGUUUUGGACAGUCUCAUCUGGGCAUCUUCGGGAAUAGGAGUGAACCUUUCAACAGAACAAAUGAGACUUACUGCUACAGCACUGCCCAGGGCAGCACGGUGCUCCAAGGAGUAACUUUUGGUGGAAUCCCAACUGUCCUGCUGCUUGACGUAACCUUCUUUUUUAUUUUAAUGUUACUGUUUUCCAUUAUAAGAAAGAGAUUCUGGGACUACGGUCGUGUUGCUCUGGUGUCAGAAGUUGAAAGUGAAUCAAGGUACAACCGAUUGUCAACAUCAUCAUCAGUACCUGAAGAUCUUGAAUAUGAUAAGGGGUUUUGUUCUUGGAUAACAGCUGCUUUUCGGAUGCAUGAUGAUGAGAUUCACGAGAGGUGUGGUGAAGAUGCCAUCCAUUACCUCGCCUUCCAGCGUCACAUCAUCUGCUUGCUGAUUGCUAUCAGCAUUUUGUCCGUGUGUGUGAUAUUGCCUGUCAACCUAUCGGGUGAUCUACUCGAUAAAGAUCCCUAUAGUUUUGGAAGAACAACUAUAGUAAACUUACAGACUAGCAAUAAUCUGCUUUGGCUGCACACAGUUUUUGCUGUUGUUUACCUGAUUCUGACUGUUGUCUUCAUGAGACAUCACAUGAAGUACGUCACAUAUAAAGAAGAAAACAUAGUUAAGUGCACGUUGUUCAUAACUGGUCUUCCAAAAAAUGCGAGUGAAGAGACAAUACAAAACCAUUUCACGGAUGCCUACCCAACCUGCACAGUGCUGGAGGUCCAGCUGUGUUACGACGUAGCCAAGCUGAUUAACCUUUUCAAAAAAAGAAAACAGGCAGAAAAAAGCCUGAUUUACUAUGAACAUCUGCAUCAGAAGUAUGGCAAGAGGGUCCAAAUCAACCCUAAGCCAUGUGGUCAAUUCUGCUGCUGCGAAAUGAGAGGAUGUGAAAGGGAGGAUGCUGUAGAUUAUUAUACCAAAGUUAGAAAUGAACUUGAGGAAGAAUAUUCAAAAGAGGAACAAGCUGUUCAUAGUAACCCGCUGGGAAUGGCUUUUGUAACAUUUCAAGAGAAAUCCAUGGCAACCUACAUCCUUAAGGACUUCAAUGCCUGCAAAUGUCAGAGCAUUAAGUGUAAAGGAGAACCUCAGCCAUCAUCCUACAGCAGGGAGCUGUGUGUAUCCAGCUGGGAGGUCAGAUAUGCUCCUUAUCCUGAGAAUAUUUGUUGGAAAAAUCUUUCAGUGCAUGGACUGAAAUGGUGGUUUAGAUGGGCUUGCAUUAAUUUGCUUCUUUUUAUUGUGCUGUUUUUUCUUACUACUCCUUCCAUAAUCAUCUCAACCAUGGACAAGUUCAAUGUCACUAAACCUAUUCACUACCUUAAUAAUCCUGUCAUCAGUCAGUUUUUCCCAACACUCUUGCUCUGGUCCUUCUCAGCUUUGCUACCAACAAUUGUGUAUUACUCAACUUUGCUGGAGUCCCACUGGACAAAAUCUGCAGAGAACAGAAUAAUGAUGCAUAAAGUCUACAUAUUUUUGAUCUUCAUGGUAUUGAUUCUGCCCUCCCUUGGUCUGACCAGCCUUGAUUUUUUUUUCCGCUGGCUGUUUGACAGAGAAUCGUCUGAUUCUGCAGUUAGGCUGGAAUGUGUCUUCCUGCCUGACCAGGGAGCCUUCUUUGUGAACUAUGUGAUUGCCUCUGCUUUCGUGGGCAAUGGGAUGGAGCUGCUGCGCCUGCCAGGCCUCAUCCUCUACACCAUACGCAUGAUCAUGGCCAAGUCCACAGCAGAGAGGAAAAACAUCAAACAGCAACAGGCAUUUGAAUAUGAAUUUGGAGCAAUGUAUGCCUGGAUGCUGUGUGUGUUCACUGUCAUCAUGGCCUAUAGCAUCACGUGUCCCAUCAUUGUCCCUUUUGGUUUGAUCUACAUCCUCCUGAAGCACAUGGUGGACCGUCACAACCUCUACUACGCCUAUCUCCCUGCCAAGCUGGAGAAGAAGAUGCACUUUGCAGCUGUCAAUCAGGCCCUGGCAGCUCCAAUCCUCUGCCUUUUCUGGCUCUAUUUUUACUCCUUUGUGCGGCUGGGUUUUAAAGCACCUACAACGAUGUUUACCUUGCUUGUUGUCAACAUCACUAUUGUUAUUUGCUUGGCUUACACUUGUUUUGGCUGUUUCAAGUACCUGAGUCCACUGAAUUAUAGGAUAGACGACACACAAGGUGAAAGAGGAAAAGACACAGAUGUACCAACAGUCCCAACAUCUUCUAUGUACGUCCCCCAGGUUUUGCGUCCUCAUCCUACAGAAAGGACGGUGCUGGCCCCCACGGAGCAGCAGUCGUAUGGCACCAUGGACAACACUUGCUCCCAGGCAGAAGGAAUCGUGAGCUAUGCCACUGGACCGGCAAUUGUGGAUCAGGCAUCGAGAGCUUCGCUCUGAGUGCCGAGGACUAACACAAGGUGGAGCACUUGGCCCAGGUUUAGGAGAACUCAUUCCCUGCCACCUCCCACUAAGAGUUAGGUGUUAUUUAUGUAUUCCUGCCUGCAGAAGAGGUACAGAAAUAAUUCAUUGUGUGGUCUGCAGCUGUGCUGGGAGGUUAAAAAGCAGAUGCCUUGGGACUGAUUGUUUUCCAGGCUGUCUACACACGUUGUGAAACAAACAAGUUGAACACGGAGAUGCUGAUCCUCAGGGACUUCACUUAUGCUAUCUCAUCACUUGCCUCAUGAAGAUAACUUAUGCUGCAUACAGAUAACUGGUCACCAAAGCCAAUGCAGCUUUAGAGCUGUCAUUUAUUUAUUCAAAAUAAUUCUUCCCUUUUUAAAAACCCCCAACAUUUAUUAUUUAUAAACCUCUUGGGAUGUGUUAAAUCCUGAGACAAUGCCACUUUUGAUGAAAAUGCUGUUUGCAUGGGUGCUGAGAAUGGUGUGUGGGAGUCUCUCCUCUUGUCACCCAAAGUAGUCAGCGUAGUCUUGAUCAUGGUACUUUUUUUUUCUUUGAAAUAGAUGAGGGAUUACUGUGCACUUGGAUACUAAAAGUACCAAAGCAAAAAGACUGGUGUAAAGAAGGGAGUGAUUUAUCUGAUACUGUUUUUAUAUAUUUUUGGAGGGCAUUUAGCUUGUUAGUUUCUGUUCACUAUUUUUAAGGGCCUUCCACAAUGAAAGUUCACCUGCCAACAAUAAAGGAUGUAAACAUUUUAUCUCUUUUAAUCUUGGGUUAAAGUUACAGAUCUCUGGGUUUUCUCUGUAGUGCCAAUUAUAUGAGUUGGAAGAUACUAAGUUUUUUAAUUAUGUAGUAGGUGCUAAUCUAUUCCGAAGUGCAAUGUGUCAAAGUGUAACUAAUAAUCACAGAGCAAUAAAACACUGAGUUUAGAAUA